UUUUACCCAUCCGGAUGUGUAUCGGGUCGGCCAAUUUGGGGAAUCGGAUAGAAACUCCUCCUUCGGCCUUACUUUUAACCUAAAACUCUCUCUUCUCUCUGUUUCCAAGGCUUGGACUCAUCCUUGCGUCAGAGCUCGAUUUCCAGGUCCAAAUGAAGAAAUCCCGUAAAGAAAUUGCUGUUUCAAGCAAUACCCAUGUUGUGGGAAGCGAAGAAGAAAUUGAAUCAUCGUCUUCUUCUUCAGAGGAAGAUGAGAGCGACAUAGAGAGAGAAAUUGCAGAUGCUACCUUUGAGGAGCUGCAAAAGGCAAGGUCUGAUGGGUCUUGUUCAGUGUAUCAAAAGCCCAAGCAAGAUAAGAAGUCUGGGAGAGCUAACAAAAAUAGGCCAAUGGAGGCUAGUUGCAAGAAGCCCGUGAGUCGGUUUCGAGAGGUUGUUCAAGCUCCUAAAAAGGUGGUACGUGAUCCCCGAUUUGAAUCUUUGUGUGGUAAUCUUGAUGUUGAUGGGUUUAGGAAAAGGUACAAUUUUCUAUUUGAGAACAACCUUCCUUCUGAAAGAGAGGAAUUAAAGAAGCAAAUGAAGAAAUCCAAUGAUCCAAAAGUUAUUGAUCAAUUGAAGAAACGCAUAUCUUGGAUUGAUAGACAAUUGAAGUUUGAGUCAGCAAAACAUAUUGAUGCAGAAAUACUGGCUGAGCACAAGAAGAAAGAAAGAGAAGCAGCAAAGCAAGGGAAACGGCCCUUUUAUAUGAAGAAAUCUGAAAUAAGGAAGCACAGGCUAAUCAAGGAAUACAGCAAACUUAAGGAAUCUGGGAAGCUUGAAUCCUUCAUUGAGAAAAGGAGGAGAAAGAAUGCUUCAAAGGACCGCAGAUACAUGCCAUACCGCAGGUCCAGCAAUACUGAGGAAGAAGGCUGAAGAAAUUAGAAAUAUUUGGUUGUUGAAAAGAAGUAAAUUUUUUGUUCUUCGAAGUUAAAUGUUUAUCAUGGUGGGUAUAUUUAUUCCAUCUAUGAGUGUAAAUUUAUGAUGAAUGAGGGCAUAAUGCAUCUGGGUUUUUCGUGGUGUCUUUCCUUGCAGGAUUUUGGAGCAGCUAACAUCCAUUUCAACCCCAUGAAUUUUCUUUUGAGGGUCGCUGAUCAAGGACAAGAAACAAUUUUAUUUUAUUUGUAGGAAUGGUUUGUGUUAGGCUUCGAGUUGAUAUGACAGGAAUUGUUUCCAAUCCGUUUUAAGAAAUCUAUUUGAUUUGUUUUUGUUAA